AUUUCUAAUUUGAUUACAAAAACAUUGAAACCGUCUUAGUUGAAAUAAAAAGCGGUUGUCAUUCUAAAUUUGACACUUCCUAAUUGCUUUUUUUAUCAUCACAUAUUUUUCACCAAUUGUAUAAAAGUGUCUCCUUUGCGCUUGAUAUCUAGCGAAGAAUAUUUGUAGUUUGUGGUCGUAAAAAUCGAAUUGCUUCAGUUUCUUUUGAAGGAAAAAAAGGAAUUUUUUAAUCUAAAAUCGUAGUGUCGAUAAAUGAAAAGAACAUAAAAAUAAACUUUGAUUAUCGAUUUCCCAAACGCAAAAGAAUAUUGUGAUAAACAAAUUAAAAUUCUUUCUGUAACUAAAUUAGUGUUCGCCAUUCAGUCAGAUGGUUGCUUUGUGUUCAUACGAAUGUGAGGGUGCUUUUAUUUUCCGGUUCAAUCGUGCGGAAUUAAUCGCCUAAAAGGAUAUUAACUUCAUUAUAAACAUUGAAAAGUUGUCUUUAUAAUUGUACGGUCUGUCGCACCCUUUUGUACCGCAUAAUAAUUGUAGCAAACCGCAAAACGGUGAAGUAAUUAUAAUCAAACAGUAAAGUAACAUCGCGAUCUUGACUUUUAGGAAUACAAUUCGAUUGAUUACGGUAACAAUUAGAAUGGCUGAACGUCCUAAAAGUUUAUUUGCCGGUCGGCCUCGUGUCCCACCCAGUGAAUUAAACUUGAACCCACUUGCAGUGAGACAUCCACCAUCAUCACAAUCAUCCAAUUCGUCUGGUUCAGCUUCAUCAGCAAAUAGUAUUCCACCGGGCGGACUUCCGAUGAACGUACCUACGGAACGCACACGCGAACGUAUACGACAACAAGCAUGUGGCAAAUUACAACUAGGACCUGGUCCUCAUGACGUUUAUCAGUUUACUUCAGAUGACUUGGAAGAUCUAGGAGAAAUAGGCCGUGGUGCAUUUGGGGCUGUCAACAAGAUGGUGUUCAAACAAAAUGACAUGGUUAUGGCUGUGAAACGAAUUCGUUCUACCGUAGAUGAAAAAGAACAAAAACAACUUCUUAUGGAUCUCGAAGUGGUCAUGAAGUCAAAUGAUUGCAACUUCAUUGUUCAAUUCUACGGAGCUCUUUUUAAGGAGGGUGAUUGUUGGAUCUGUAUGGAAUUAAUGGAUACUUCGUUAGACAAAUUCUACAAAUAUAUAUUCGAACACAAAAGGCAAAGAAUACCGGAAUCGAUUUUAGCUAAAAUUACGGUGGCCACUGUACAUGCACUUAACUAUCUUAAGGAGCAUUUAAAGAUCAUACAUCGCGAUGUAAAGCCAAGUAACAUUUUGCUUCAUAAACGCGGGGAUAUUAAAUUGUGUGAUUUUGGCAUAUCCGGACAGUUGGUCGAUUCCAUUGCUAAAACUAAAGAUGCUGGUUGUAGGCCUUAUAUGGCUCCUGAACGAAUCGAUCCUGAACGUGCGAAGGGGUAUGACGUUAGAAGCGAUGUUUGGUCAUUAGGCAUAACUCUUAUGGAAGUAGCCACCGGUACAUUUCCCUAUCGUAGAUGGGAUUCUGUUUUUGAACAAUUAUGCCAAGUGGUUCAAGGGGAUCCUCCACGUCUUCAACAGGGACAAGAAUUUUCCACCGAAUUCGUAGAAUUUGUAAAUACAUGCUUAAUAAAAAAUGAAAGUGAACGCCCUAAAUAUGAUCGUCUCCUUCAAAUGCCAUUUAUAUUGCGUGGUGAACGCAGUAACACCGAUGUUGCCGCAUAUGUGACCGAUAUUUUGGAGGCCAUGGAGCAGGAUGGUAUCACACAAUUCACCACAAAUCAACCAGCCGAAAGUUAAUGGAAAUAAUUUGUAGAAAACUUUAAACGUUAUCAUAACAAACAACUCCUACAACUAAGAAAAACAACAAACAAAUCUAGAAAAGAAAAUCAUUUAGGAAAAAAAUAAGCGUAAGAACUAAGAAAAAAGAAUCCAUCUCCUUUUAGGAAAAACAAAGUUAUUGUUGUUUACAUGCUAGGAAGUAAGGUAAAGUGUUGUUAAAACGUAUUUUAACAAACAUUUAGAACUGUAGUUUAAAAUAAUAACUAAAAGUAAUUAAAAAUAUAUUGAGCUGUAGGCUUUCUUAAAAAAAAAAAUAAACAUAUACAUAAAUAUGAAAUAAAUAAACAAAAGUAGACUUUAUAAAAAGGUCACAAAUUAAAUUAAAAAUUGAAGCUUAAAGUUUAGUAAUGUUUUGCCUUGUAUUUUUUAAAUAAAAUGUAAAAACAUAAUUAAACAUUAAAAUACAUACAUAUAAUAAUUAUAAUUUUAGUUGCAUUUCCGGAUAACACAAGUCACAACCAAUAAGGAAUAGAAGAAACACCAAUUAAAUGAAAAAUAAUAUGUAAAAAAUACAAAUCAUAUCGUUAAGUAAUCAGUUCAAUACCAAGAAAAAUAAAUCACUGCUUUUAUACACACAUAACAA